AUGGCCUCCUCCGGCAAGCCUGCUCUGGAUGAUUCCCGUCGCACGACGGGAUCGCCAAAAAUGAAGACCCGAGAGAACGCGAAAGAUACACUAUGUCGCAAUGUGACCAUCUACGGCCGGUGUCGCUAUGAAGAUAAAGGCUGUGCUUUCAAUCAUGACCUCCAGAAAGUGAACGCGGCACACCAGUCGGAUAGCAACAAGAAACGAUUUAAUGUGGACUCACCAAGCUUCACCCCCUCUCUUUUAUCGGGAAAUGGUGCCUCUGCGCCCAAGAAAUCCACCAUCUCUCCGAAAGCUGCCAGCGCGGCCCCAUUUCAACCUAGAGUUGCCGCAUCCCGUAUGCCCUCCGAUUCGGACCCAUAUACAUCUCCGCUGACUGGCAAAGGCUCCAACACCAGUACCCCGAGACAAGAAACAGGAACUCCUGAUUGGAUGGAGGUGCAGGAGUUUGUCCCGCAGGGCUUUGAUGCCGCACAUGUGCCAUCUCUUCAAGGCAACGGGAACGGGUCCAUCGCUGCCGCAGGUGCAUUUGACCCAUUUGUAACAGGCUCACCUCUUUCUGCCGCGGGGGGCGUUGGUCAAAUUUCCACCAAUCCAUACGCACAUGAUGCCGCUUUGGGAGGAGCUACUUUCUUUGCAAGCCAAACCGGCUUCCAGCAACCGGUCCAAUAUCAUCUCUAUGCUCCUAUCGGCCCUCAUAAUCAGAAUACACUUGGUUACCAGCGCAACGUUCACGAUCUAUUCCUCCCCAACGACUUCCGAGAAGAGCUGCAGAAAAAAGCUGCCGCCACUUUGCAAACAUUGCCCAACACACAACUUCCUGCGCAAGUGGACUAUUUCCACUCCCUCGUGCCAUUGGAUUUGAGCCAUCAAAAGAACGCAACGACAUUCGGCUACCCUAGCUGGGUGUAUAAAGCGCAAUCAAGCAAGGAUGGUAAUUUCUAUGUACUUCGUCGGCUUGAAGGAUUUCGUUUGACCAACGAAAAGGCCAUCCGAUCUGUUCAAGCCUGGAAGCGUGUCUGCAGUGGCAGUGUGGUGACUGUUCAUGAUGCAUUCACCAGUCGAAGCUUCCAAGACAGCUCGCUUAUCUUCGUCACCGACUAUCAUCCACUUUCCAAAACACUAUCCGAACAGCAUCUGGGAACUGGAAAUCGCUUCCAGGGCCGCCACAACACGCACAUCCCUGAGCAGGUUCUCUGGGGCUACAUGACCCAGAUCGCAAAUGCCUUGAAGGCAAUCCAUACUAAUGGUCUCGCAGCACGAGUUUUGGAAGCUAGUAAAGUUCUUCUAACAGGCAAAAACCGAAUUCGCCUGAACUCGUGCUCCAUCCUCGAUGUGGUCCAAUUUGACACCCAGCGAUCCGUCGCGGACCUGCAGCGCCAGGAUCUAGUCAAUUUCGGACAGCUGAUUGUCACUCUGGGUGCCAAUUCGCCUAAUGUGAUGCACAACACAACCAAGUCCAUGGACCACUUCACACGUGCAUACAGCCAGCAGAUGAAGAACUCCGUCUUUUGGCUAUUGGGUGGGCUCCAAAAGGACCAAGAUCGCACCAUCGACAUUUUCAUCACCGGCAUUUCUUCUCAGCUGAUGUCGACUUUUGACUCGGCACUACACCUUGAUGAUCAACUUACAUCCGAUCUCAGCCGUGAGCUUGAGAAUGGACGCUUAGUGCGUCUGAUGACUAAAUUGAACCUCGUCAAUGAACGUCCCGAAUACGAUCAUGACCGGCAGUGGUCUGAGAGCGGAGAACGGUACUUCUUGAAGAUAUUCCGAGACUACGUCUUUCACCAAGUGGAUGCUCAAGGGGAUCCAGUGGUUGAUCUCGGGCACGUGUUGACUUGUCUGAACAAGCUCGAUGCAGGUAGCGAUGAAAAGGUCACACUGGUCAGCCGAGAUGAACAAAGCUGUUUUAUUGUCAGCUAUAAGGAAGUCAAGAAAGCUCUUGAAUCCUCUUUCCAGGCCCUGAUGAAGCCGACAAGAAGGUUGCACUAA